AUGGCUGAUAAUAUUGAAUUAGCUUCAUCAUCACCAUUUCAUACUACAGAAUCAUCAACAUCAAUCGAAGAAACAUCAAAAUGGAAGCCAUAUUGGGAUGAAAACUAUAAACGCUAUUACUGGUCAGAUGGAAAUGAAUCAGUUUGGGAAACUCCAAAAGAUUGUAUUGAACCACCACCACUACCAUCUACAUCUGAAUCAUCAUCGACUAUAGUAGAAGAGCAAUAUAAAACCAAUGAUUAUACUCUACCCAUGGCAUAUGCUACUAAUCAAACUGAUCUGCGCUAUCAACCUUAUACAGUUCCACCUGUUAUACCAAGUACAAUACAUACUGGCAAAAGACUUAUUGGACAAGAAGCACGUGAUCUUCGUCAAUUGUAUCAUUAUUUUGAUUACAAUGCUUGGAAUGAAGAAUUAAAUCGAAACAAUGGUAAUCAAAAGAAAAAAGUUAAGUUAACUAAAAAAGAACUCGAUACUAUUAAAGCACGAAGAGCAGAAAUAAAAAGAAAACAUCGUGAUAAAUGGUUAUUGGAAGAUUAG